GGGGGGGGUGUCAGUUCAAAAAGUUCACUCAUAAAGGUCUUUAUCUUUCAUCUUCCAGCCACCGAUCACCAUUUCUCAUCAGACUUUCCCCAUCUCAUUACUCUAUCGAUUUUUUUGUCAUUCUCAUUCAAUGGCUAUCACUUACAGAGGUGUCCACCCAUUUUUUUUUUUUUUUUUUUUUUUAAAUUUAUCAUCUCUCCUUAUUCCAGGCCACGUACAGGCCCCAUCAAUCUCCAUUCAAUCUGCAUUUCCACCUCCUCUUCAUUAUGUUCGUCCCUCUCACAUCUCUCUCUCUUCCUGAAACUGCUACAUCACCCAUCGAUCUUUGAAUUUCAUCCCGACCAUCAGUCAUUCUAUUCUUUUUUGAAUUUUCGUUAUUCAUGACUUCCAAUUUUCUUUGCUAGGGCCCAUGAAAAUUUUCAUAAGCAUAGAUCCGCUAUAACGAUAACUUACCAUUCAAUCACCAUAGGUCCAUUUGCAGCAUCUCAGUAGCACAUAUUCGCAGGGCGGCGUUAGGUACAUUUCUCCUCCUGUUUCGUUUCGCAAAAAAAAAAAAACACGCUUGAAUCUACGUUCUCGAACAGCAGAAAGGCACUCAUUCAGGAAUUUUGUCAUUUUUGAAGAUUAUCAUACCUCAAGGUAAACACCACUCGGAACUUGAACUCAUACGGAGACAAUACGGCGUAAAACCUUGAAAACGCUUUCGGAUUAAUCGGUCUGCGAUAAUUUUAAACUGAUAACACUAUACUUUUUCGAAAAUUUGUUUAAGUUACGCAGCAUGAUCUCACAGUAAGGCCGAGCAAAAACGAAUAAUGCUGUUCAAAUAUAACAACCUUAGUUUUAUACCAAAGCAUUGUGAAAGUACGAGUAAUAAUGUAUCUCUUCAAAUACAAUGUUCGCAAAAAAAUUCCAAUUUUUACAUUGAAACACAAAAUACUCUUCCUUUUUUCCACAUGCAUCUUGGCUGUAGUCCUGAUUCUACUAUCUUCAAGUACACAGAUCUCACAAUCGGACUCCACACAACACACACAAAAUCCAGUUGAACCAUUGGCUUACACAUGCUGCAAACCGUUGAACAAUUCAUUUCGUACGAAUGUAUACUUCCUCAAAACUCACAAAACAGGAAGCACGACAGUUGAAAACAUCAUCCUACGAUUCGCCUUGAUGAAUUCGCUCGAUGUAAUGAACAUUAUUUACACCACUUACUACCUGCCAUUUUCAGAACUGUCGAUAUAUUCCCAUACGAGGCCACCAAAUAACAAAUACCACAUCUUGGCACAUCACGUAAGAUACGAUUCCAAGUUGAAAUCAUAUCAGUAUCCGGAUACUCCAACAGUGACAAUUUUGAGACACCCUGUAGCUCAUUUUAAAUCAAAAUAUGAUUUCUUUCAAUUGAAUCUAGUAACAGGGAUGAGCUUGAAACAAUUUCUGAACGCACCCAUAAAACCGCCAUUAUUAGUUGGAGUUGAUAGUUUCAUGGCUUACAGAGGAUAUAAUCAAAUGAGCGUCGAUUUAGGGUUCGAUCCGAAUCAGAGUAAAAAUCAAACCGCAAUCGCCGAAUUUAUCGAAAAAAUAGAUCGAGAAUUUGAUUUAGUAAUGAUAAUGGAGUUUAUGGAAGCUUCGAUCAUUUUACUCGCUAAUUUGAUGGGAUGGCCAUUAGAGACUGUGGCUCAUUUGAAAUUAAUUGCCAGGGUACCUGAUUCCAACGCCAACAAUUACAAUUUGACUUUACGCGACGAAUUCACCAUAAUGAAACUAAACGAAGUUGAUACUCAGCUAUAUCACCAUUUAAGAAUAAAUUUUUGAAAUGUGUACGCCAAUAUGGCGAACAAAAGAUGAAUGAUCAAAUUCAACAAUUGAAAAUUAUCAACGAACGAUUCUAUCAGAGAUGUGUACGCGAUGAUCACAAGUACUUCAUAUGGUAUGGGUUUUCAAGAACUAUCGAAUACACGCCGAAAAAUCAAUCAGACUUGGAAUGUGUUUAUGCAACUACUAACCCGAUCAUAUUGGAAAGUAUUGUCAGAAAUGAGCAAUUUGAUAGACUCCAGCGUCAAAGAAAUGGAUGAAGGAAAGCAAAAUUCAAUACCUACCAAAUGGUUCCUUAAAAUAAGUAUCACAGCUUGCCAAAAGCGGAGUAACUGAAAAGAAUAGGGUCCAAAGAGCGAUGCCCCUCUCAUGUUUGAAAAUUUGACGCAAUGAAAUUCCAGUUGGCGAAUUGGGAUUAGUUUUAUGUGUGAUACAUUCGAACGUAUGUACAUAUAUGAUUGCUCUGAAGGGGCUAAUCUGCUAAACAUGUAUUACAAUGUACUUUCUUCCUUUUGCUAUAAAAAAUGGUGGUGUUCAGGAUAAGAUUAUCGAGUUGUUUCGGCAAUCAGGUAACCUUACCAUUCCCUUAUUUUUUGAAAAAUAUAUC